AUGUGCCCAGCGUUCAUCUUGGAAUCUGCUACCCCUCACUCUGAGAACCUGCGCUUGGAACCAGUUCCAGCAUUGGAAACCCUACAAGUUGCUCUUGUGAGCUGUGGAAAGGAGCACUCCGUGGCUGUCUGUCACAAAGGAAGGGCCUUCGCUUGGGGAGCUGGUUCUGAAGGGCAGCUGGGAAUUGGAGAAUUUAAGGAAAUAAAUUUUACCCCUAAGAAGAUAAAAACUCUGACUGAUAUAAAAAUAAUACAAGUUUCCUGUGGAGACUACCACUCCCUGGCAUUAUCAGAAGAUGGCCAAGUGUUUUCAUGGGGAAAGAACAGCCACGGACAGCUGGGCCUGGGGAUGAAGUUCCCCUCCCAAAACAGCCCACAGAGGGUGACGUCCCUGGAGGGGAUCCCCCUGGCUCAGGUGGCUGCAGGAGGGGCCCACAGCUUUGCCCUGUCUCUCUGUGGGACUUCAUUUGGCUGGGGAAGCAACAGUGCAGGGCAGCUGGCCCUCAGUGGGAAUAAUGUCCCAGUGCAAAGCUACAAGCCUCGUUCGAUUAGUGCGCUGAGGAAUCUGGGUGUGGUUUAUAUCAGCUGUGGUUAUGAGCACACUGCAGUGCUUACGCAGAAUGGGAAAGUGUUCACAUUUGGAGACAAUAGCUGUGGACAGCUGGGAUACAGCUCCACUGCGGGGGACAGAGGUCCACAACUCGUGGAAAGAAUUGACGGCCUAGUUUCGCAGAUAGAUUGUGGAAGUUAUCACACCCUUGCAUAUGUCUACACCACUGGUCAGGUGGUGUCUUUUGGUCGUGGACCAAGUUGCAGGAGCAGCCCAACUCCUCCAGAGGCCCAGACAGAGAACUUUGACAUUAGCUGCCUGCUUUCUGCUGAAGACCUUGUGGAUGUUCAAGUCAAACACAUUUUUGCUGGAACAUAUGCCAACUUUGUGACAACUUAUCAGGCUACUAGUUCCACAAGUGUUUCCAGGAAAACUCUGCCAGAAAUAAGCCAAAUGAACCAGUCCUUGACAGAAAAAUGGAUGGUCGUGACAAAUGGAAGUACUGAAUGUGAAGUGGCUAAGAGUGAAAUUAGAAUGAUAUUUUCAUCACCUGCUUGUCUGACUGCAAGUUUUUUAAAGAACAGAGAGUCUGGAGAAAUGAUUCCCAUUGAUGUGGACUUAGAAAUGGCAAGAGAUACCUUCAAGAAGUUAACGAAAAAGGAAUGGAUUUCUUUCAUGGUGACUGCAUGUCUCAGGGAUAAUCUUCUCAGAGCUCUUCCACGUCGUUCUCCACACCGAGAAGCGUUAUCAGUUUUCCUUCUUCUCCCAGAAUGUCCUGUGAUGCAUGAUUCUAGGAACUGGGAGAGUCUAGUGGUGCCAUUUGCAAAGGCUGUUUGUAAUAUGAGUGACAAGUCUUUACGAGUCCUGAAGCAGUGUUGGGCAUCUUUGCAAGAAUCUUCUCUCAACACACUGGUCCAGAUGCUUAAAACUGCCAUCAUUUCUCAAAUUCAUUAUUGGACUGAAACCAGUCAGAGUCACUGCAAUGCUAAAGCUCUUCUAGAAAUGAUGAAAACAGUGUAUAAGGUAAAUAAAGCUAACUGUCUAGUACCAGAAGAUACUUUCAACAUAACUGAACUCUCUUAUUUUUUGAACUUUUAUGAAGAUAGAAGAAGAGUGUUCUUGAGGAAGAACAACCUGAUACCUGCAGAAAAGGCCAGUCUCCUUAUUUUCAGUGAUUUUCCGUUUAUCUUUAAUUUGCUAUCCAAAAUUAAAUUAUUCCAAGCUGAAUGCGUUAAACAAAUGCAGGUAUCUAAACGGAAGUACUAUAAUGCAAUAGUGUGUGCAUCCCUGGGGCAAACAAUUCAGCAAGGAAAGGAUGAAUUCCCUCCAGCACCUAUAUUUAUACUUCAAGUCAGACGGAGUCACCUAGUUGAAGAUGCUCUGCGUCAGUUAAGCCAAGCUGAAGUCACUGACCUCCGGAAAGAGUUAGCGGUUUCAUUUAGUGGAGAAAUUGCACUUGACUCUGGAGGAGUCAGGGCAGAGUUUUUCCAUUGUCUGUUUGAAGAGAUGACCCAGCCGGAAUAUGGGAUGUUCACGUAUCCUGAAGAGGCUUCCUACAUGUGGUUUCCUGUCAGCCCCAAAUUUGAGAAGAAGAGUUAUUUCUUCUUUGGGGUUCUAUGUGGACUUUGCCUAUUCAGUUGCAAUGUUGCCAACAUCCCUUUCCCAAUGGCUCUGUUUAAGAAACUUUUGGACCAAACCCCAUCAUUGGAAGACUUGAAAGAACUCAGUCCUGUUUUGGGAAGGAGUUUGCAGACACUUCUGGAUGAUGAAAGUGAUGACUUUAGAGAAGUAUUUUACAUCCAUUUUAAUGUGCAUUGGGACAAAAAUGAUGUAGAGUUAAUUCCUAAUGGAAGUUGCAUAAUUGUCGACCAGACUAACAAGAGAGACUAUGUUUCUAAGUGUGUCAAUUACAUCUUCAACGUCUCUAUAAAGGCAGUUUAUGAAGAAUUUCAAAGAGGAUUUUACAAAAUCUGUGACAAGGAGAUUAUUGAAUUUUUCCAUCCUGAAGAACUCAAGGAUGUGAUUAUUGGAAAUACAGAUUAUGACUGGGAAACAUUUGAAAAGAAUGCACUUUAUGUGGAAGGAUAUGACAAUUCACAUCCCACCAUAGUGAUGUUUUGGAAGGCUUUACACAAAUUGACUGUAGAGGAAAAGAAAAAAUUCCUAGUGUUUCUUACAGGAACUGACAGAAUUCAAGUAAAAGGUUUAAAGAACAUGAAAAUAACAUUUUGCUGUCCUGCAAAUUUGAAUGAAAAAGAUCCCAUAAGAGCACAGACAUGUUGUAGUGUCCUCUACCUCCCUAAAUAUUCUACAAUGGAAAGGGUAGAAGAAGCACUUCAAGUCGCCAUCAACAGCAGUAGAGGAUUUGGCUGACCCCACUUCAUACUCUUUACCCCUUUUUGGAAAUAUUUUCAAAAAUAAAAUUAAGAACUCAAAAAUUAACAU